UGUAAUUUAGAGAUUGCAGGUUCCAGUUGGGUCCGACCAAAACGCGUGAAGAUCCGAGGAGAAGCCAGUGAAACAAGAACACAGUUAGCAGCCAGAACUCUCCCCAGCAAUCGGAGGAGAGAGACAGAGAGACCACUAGAUUCACUACACAUAGUCAGCAGCCAAUACUCUCUCCAGCAAUCGGGGAGAGAGAGAGAUUAAAGUAGUAGAGAUUGGAAUGGCAUGGCAAUCUCUCUCUCCCGUUUGGCCAUCAAAAUUACAACUCCUGCAAUCACAGUGAUCCUUCUGUCCACCAUCUUCUUCUUCCUCCUCGCCCCAUCUCCAUUCCCAACCCCACUUCUUCCCCGCCGGUCCCUCCUCUCCGCCGCCGCCGCCAAUCUCUCCUGCUCCUCUAUUCUCCAAACCCCUAUCCAAAAUCGCUGCUCCUUCUCUCUCCUCCACUGCCCCGGCGACUCCAAUGGCCUUCUCAACUACUUCUCCCUCCAUUUCUGCUACUUCAACCAGAACCCAUUUGUUUCAAUCCCCUUUCUCUCCCUCACUGUCCUCCUCCUCUUCUAUAUUCUCGUCAAGACCGCCCAAGAUCGCUUCUCUGUGGUGGUCACCAAGCUCUCUGCCCACCUCAAUUUGUCGCCGAGUAUGGGCGCCGUGACUCUACUCGCGCUCGGCAACGGCGCCCCUGACGUCUUCGCCUCCGUGGCCGCCGUGCGUGGCGGCCAUCCGCGGACAGGUUUCGGCGCGAUUCUGUCGGCGGGGACCUUCGUUUCGGCCCUUGUGGUUGGGUUUGUGGCCAUCUAUGCGGCGCCCUUUUCGGUGGACCCGGCGCCGUUUGUGAGGGACGUGUUGUUUUACUUGACUGCGGCCUUGUUCUUGUUCUAUGUGUAUCUUAGUGCCGAGAUUUAUCUGUGGCAGGCUGUUGGGUUUGUUGCGUUUUAUCUGUUCUUUGUCGGGUUUGUGUUUUGGAUGGAUUUUGGGGUGGCUGAUCGGAGAAGGAGAGGUGGGGUUGAGGGGGCUGAUUUUGUGGUGGACGUUGAGGUUCAGAAGGGUUUGGAAGCACAAAAUUAUGAAAAUAGAGGAUUGUUGGGGGAACUAGAGGGAGCAAAGCUGGGUUUUCGUGUUCAACGAGUUCUUUCACAGAUCUCAAAAGUGUGGGAACUUCCGGUCUCAAUUCUUCUAAAACUCACUGUCCCCCAGACUUCACCUUCCGAGUGGAACAGAUUCUAUCGAUCUGCCAAUAUUGCACUUUGUCCACUUGCACUUCUAUAUUCUUGUAAUUCAUUCAUGCCACUAAAUCAUCCCAUAAUGUUUCUCCUUCCGAACACGCAAUACCCUCUAUGGCUCGUAGUAUUCCUAGCAAGCUCCUCCAUAGCGGCUCUUCACUUCAUAGUCCAAAAAGAGCCCCCCAAAACUGAGGAAAUGCCCGUAGUGGUCCUUGCAUUUAUAAUGAGCGUCUUCUGGAUCUCAACCAUGGCAGGGGAACUCCUGAAUUGCCUUGCUGCUGUUGGAGCGCUUCUCAAGUUGCCUCCUUCAUUGCUCGGGCUGACAGUACUUGCAUGGGGAAACUCAGUGGGUGACCUUGUUGCGGAUGUUGCAGUUGCUAAAGCAGGCCAGCCAGCGAUGGCCAUGGCUGGAUGCUUUGCUGGGCCUAUGUUUAACAUGCUUUUCGGGCUUGGCACAGCUUUGGUAACACAGACUGCAAAUGUUUAUCCCGAAGCCUAUGAGCUCCAUUUCCACGUGAGCAUAGUGGUUGCUUUUGUCUUCCUGCUUCUUAGCCUGAUGGGCUCUCUUCUAGUAGUAACAUGGUACAGGUUCAGGGUACCUAGAUUUUGGGGAUUCUGCCUUGUCGGUCUCUAUGUUACUUUCAUUGCAGUGAGCUUAGUCAUUGCCAAGUUCUCUGCGUAGAUUUUCCCUCCUGCUCGUGGAGUGCCUUGUCGUCGAGUCACGCUGAAUGAAUCAAAUGGCAGUUCAGUGCGUUCGUUCAGGUUUAUCUGAAUGAAAGGACUCAUUAAAACCAAUAUCGCCAUUGAAGAUGAGCUUAUUUACCUCGGUGCAUCCAUGGACGCUGUUCGAAAGCGAGCCUGUGGAUGUUUCCAUUAUUUUGUUCAAUUCUUUUCGGUUUACUUACCCUGGUUUAUUCAGACCAGUGAUGUUGAUUAUUAUUAGCCGACAAUCACAGCCUUGAUAGCUACUAUUAGAAUGAUAUAAUUUGUCAAAGAUGUAAUAUGGUUGGGUCCAAAAGAUUUGACCUUUCUUUAAGCCUCUGAGCUGAUUGUUGUUCAUUA